UCUUUUCCUUUUGCGUGUGAGGGCAGGUAAAGGCGCAGUGCGACGGAGCUGCAGCACUCACAGGAGACAGAAGACAGGAGUUAAUUCUGGGCUGUUACUCUCACUCUCUGUCUGUCAUCAGCUGGAUCUCCUCCUCACAGAUCUCUGAAGCAAAGUCUGCGAAGUCUGGACUUUUCUUACAGUUUUAUUUGUUUGAAUGAAAUUUCCCUGAACUGAGGCUGCUGUAAUGAGAUCCUCUGUCCUAGGAUCAGUUUGGGCUCUUCUCAUGCUGUUGCGGGAGCCUGCAUGCCAGGGUGAUGAGGUUACCUCCAACACCGUGAACCCAUGCUGUUAUUUCCCCUGUCAGCACUGGAGUGUGUGUGUGAGGUAUGGUGAAGACAAGUAUGAGUGUGACUGCACCCGUACUGGCUACUAUGGAGAAAAUUGCACAAUCCCGGAGUUUUGGACCAGAGUGCGUCAGUUCAUGAAACCCAGCCCAGAUGUGGUGCAUUACAUUCUCACCCAUUUCCGCUGGCUCUGGGACAUCAUCAACUACACCUUCCUACGAGACGUUCUCAUGCGACUUGUUCUAACAGUUAGGUCCAACUUAAUACCCAGCCCUCCAACCUUCAACUCAAAAUAUGGCUACCUCAGCUGGGAAUCCUACUACAAUCUGAGCUACUACACUCGGAUUCUGCCCCCAGUGCCAGAGGACUGCCCUACACCUCUAGGGGUCAAAGGCAAGGCUGGGCUGCCUGACCCUGAGCUGCUGGUUGAGAGGCUGCUGAAGAGAAGGACGUUCAGACCUGACCCCCAGGGCUCCAACCUCAUGUUCGCCUUCUUUGCACAGCACUUCACCCACCAGUUCUUUAAGACUUACAAUCGCAUGGGUCUGGGCUACACCAAGGCUCUAGCGCAUGGGGUAGAUGCAGGGCACAUUUAUGGAGACAACCUGAAACGUCAGCUCCAGCUCAGGCUUCACAAAGAUGGAAAACUCAAGUAUCAGUUAAUUGAUGGCGAGAUGUACCCUCCCUCUGUAGCUGAUGCACCUGUUAAGAUGAGCUACCCCCCCGGGAUCCCUCCUGAGAGUCAGAUGGCUAUUGGUCAGGAAGUGUUUGGACUCCUCCCUGGUUUGGGAAUGUACGCCACACUGUGGUUGAGGGAGCAUAACCGAGUAUGUGAUAUCCUGAAGUCAGAGCAUCCCACCUGGGAUGAUGAACAGCUUUUCCAGACCACACGCCUCAUCAUCAUUGGUGAGACAAUAAAAAUAGUGAUAGAGGAGUAUGUGCAGCACCUCAGUGGAUACCUGCUGCAGCUGAAGUUUGAUCCCACCCUGCUGUUUAACACCCCCUUCCAAUAUGCAAACCGUAUCUCUCUGGAGUUCAGCCAGCUCUACCACUGGCACCCCUUGAUGCCUGACAACUUCUUUGUUAACGGAGAUGAACUAUCAUACACACAGUUCCUCUUCAACACUUCUGUUCUCACACACUACGGCAUUGAGAAGCUGGUAGAUGCCUUCUCUCGGCAAGCUGCUGGCCAGAUUGGCGGUGGCCAUAACAUCAAUGCUAUGGUGACCAAAGUGGCUGUGGGGACCAUAAAGGAGUCCCGUCAACUCCGCAUGCAGUCCUUCAAUGAGUACAGGAAGCGUUUUAAUCUUAAGCCGUACACAUCAUUCAGACAAUUCACUGAUAACAAGGAAAUAGCCCGUGAGCUUGAAGAGUUCUACGGUGACAUUGAUGCUCUUGAAUUUUACCCUGGUAUGAUGUUGGAGCAAACACGACCAGGGGCCAUAUUUGGAGAGAGCAUGGUGGAGAUGGGUGCCCCCUUCUCCCUUAAAGGCCUCCUGGGAAACCCUAUAUGUUCUCCAGAUUACUGGAAGCCCAGCACCUUUGGAGGCAAAGUCGGCUAUGACAUAGUGAACUCUGCCACACUGAAGAAGCUGGUCUGUCUGAACACCAGAACGUGUCCUUACGUGGCGUUUAAAGUACCAACAGAGGAUCGAUCGCAAAGAGGGAAUGUAGACAGUAAAGUAAGAACUGAUGAAGCCGUUGUCAUGACGACUCUGGAUGACAAGAUUCUGGGAGAGAAGCUGCAGUACUACUACAGCAGCAGUGAGGACGAAGGCAGCGACAACGAGGAUGAGGAUGGGGAGAACAAGACCAUCCGGGACGCUAACGUCAAUGAGCCUGAGAUAGACUACAGUGCCGAUGGGAGUGCUAUCAACACAGGACCAAAGGGUGUCAUCAAUGACUGGAGGAAGUACAAGCAGCUGGAGGUCGAGCAGAAACAAGAGCAGAAGAAAGAGAUGGAAAGACUGAUCAAGAAGCUGUCGAUGACCUGCCGUUCUGACCUCGACUUGGAAAAAGACAAAGAGAAACAGAAAGAGCUGCAGGAGAAAAUCAAAGGCAAAAUGACCAUGCAAGAGUACAACAUGCUCCAGGAAGAAGAGGAUGAUGAAGACUUCCUCCAGCAUUACCGUAUGCAGCGCAUUGAAGAGAUGCGCCGCCAGCUCUGCCGUGGCAAACGCUUUGCGCAGGUCUAUGAGCUUAAUAGUGGAGAGGACUUCCUGGAGGCUUUGGACAACGAGGACAAAAGCACGCUGGUCAUGAUCCACAUCUACGAGCUGGAUGUCCCGGGCUGUGAGGCCAUGAGUGGCAGCCUGCUGUGUCUGGCUCAGGAAUACCCACUGGUCAAGUUCUGCAGCGUACGCAGCUCAGCCAUCAGCACCAGCGCACUGUUCAGAGACAGCGCUCUGCCUGCUCUGCUCGUUUACAAAGGAGGGGACCUGAUCGGCAACUUCGUGCGGCUCACAGACCAGCUCGGGGAAGACUUCUUUGCUGUAGACCUGGAGGCCCUGCUGCAGGAGUACGGCCUGCUGCCUGACAAGCCCCCCGUCGUCCCGAAGACAAUUCGCAAUGGAGCCAUCAUACAGAACACUGUGAGUGAUGAGGACUCCGACCUUGAUAUAGACUAGAGCCGUAAUAUCUAACAUGUGUUAUAUUCUUGGGAAACAUGCGUACACAGUCUGCAUGGACUAUAGAUAAUUUUUGUGUAAGUGGACCCCCGUAGUGAUGACGGACUGAGCCAGGAUUGCCAUGUUACCACUCACACAGCAACAUACAACCAGCAUUGAAGCCAAAAGUAAAUGCACACAAAACAUCACGACCCAGUGAGUUUCACGAUGACAUCAAUCCAUGGUAAAGAUGAGUUAUAUUUAAUAAGAGUAAAUUCUAGCCAUUAUGAAUAUCGAGGACCUUUUGUUAUACACAGUGAGAAUGAUGUAGGUGUAGAUUAAAUGUUUUGUUUGAGAUAUGACUGUCAACUAUUUAUUCUGUGUUAAAACACAUUUCCCUGUUUUGUUUCAUGUGCAUCUUCAUUGUAUUCACUCUGUAGAAUACGAAACCUUUAGCCCAAACUGGCUUUUAGUUAAUUUUAUAACUUUUAUAUGUGCUGUACCAUUUCAAAUAGUGGAAAAAUAAACAAAUAUUUGGACUCAC